AUGUUUUUGAUUCUUUUCUUGGUCGUUGGUCUCGUCCAGAGCUACAGUUCCUCGGAAUCAUCGGAAAGUAAUGAAUUCGAGGACUUUGUUCUGGACAAAGAGACCUUCAGAAUCGAGGAUUACCUUAAGUCGAAGAUCCCGGAGGCUGCCCAGUUCUUGAAAGGACAAUCUCUCGUUGAUUAUGUGAACAGACGUCAGAAUCUGUGGAAGGUAACUAGGGUUAAUUUAUUUCGGGUUGAUUAUUUUGCGCCCUCACUUGCAUAUUCUUAGUCCAAACUUCAUCCAAAAUUCGAAACCUACAGCGAAGAAGUCAGAUAUGGAUUGAUGGGUGUGAAUCAUGUCAAGAAUUCGAUGAGGGCCAAGAAAACUCUGGCCGAAUCCCGUUUCAUGGAUGUCCAGAUUCCAGCUCAAUUUGAUUCGAGGACCAAUUGGCCAGACUGUCCGUCGAUUCGGGCCAUCCGUGAUCAGUCAUCUUGUGGAAGCUGCUGGGCCUUUGGAGCUGUGGAAGCCAUCUCUGAUCGUAUUUGUGUUGCUUCCAAGGGACGACAGAGACCCCUUAUCUCAGCCGCCGAUCUUCUUAGCUGCUGCAAAGCCUGUGGUUAUGGGUAGGAUGGCUGUAAAAAAAUUUAAUUUAUUGGGCCAGGCCUUAAAAGGAAUACUUUUGUUUUAGAUGCAACGGAGGGGAGCCCUUCCAAGCUUGGGAAUUCUGGGUAAGUGAUGGAUUGGUCACUGGCUCGGAUUAUGACACUCAUAUUGGCUGUCGGACCUAUCCUUUCCCUCCUUGUGAACAUCACAGUAACCAUACAGGACGUCCCCAAUGCAAAAAGGAACUUUACCCAACUCCACAGUGUGUUAAGCAUUGCGAUGACAACAGAAAAUCUUACGCUGAGGACAAGUAUUACGGUAUGAGAGCUCCCUUCGUAUCACACGUCCAUCUGUCUUCCGUGAUAAUGACAAGUUUUAUCUAGGAGAGAAAGCGUACGCUGUCGACUCGAAGGUAGAAUCCAUUCAGAAGGAAUUGAUGGCUCAUGGACCUCUUGAAGUUUCUUUCGAAGUAUACACUGACUUCUUGACCUACGCCGGAGGAGUUUAUGUUCAUCAAGGAGGACAUCUGGGAGGAGGUCAUGCUGUCAAGUUGAUUGGAUGGGGUGAAGAAAACAAUGUUCCUUACUGGAUUGUGGCCAACUCAUGGAAUACAGAUUGUAAGACAUUAUGAACAGGGUGUCCAGAGAAGUUUUUGUCGAUUUCUUGGCGCCCAGCCAAGGCAUCCAAAAAUUUCUUUUUGUAGUCGAAAGAAGAUGGGCGGUUUUCUUCCUAAAAAUUUUUUUUCUCCGCCAAGGCGGAAAGUAAUGUAUUCGGCGGAGUUUUGUUCGAUUCCUUUCACACCUAAACGCUUUAUUGUGAUGCUGAAACCACCGGAAAGUCUUUGAUUUUUUUUCAUGAUAGAUCAACAGUGAAAAAAUUGUUUAUUGUUAGGAAGAAAAGCGCCUAUUUUCAUCUUUCUACUGCAAUAAUUUUUGGAUAAAUUGAGGGCGAAAAAAUUGACGGAAACUUUCCGCGGAAUUUCUCUGGACACUCUGUAAUCGCUAGCAUUACAGGGGGAGAGAACGGGUUCUUCAGAAUCCUUCGUGGGGUUGAUGAAUGCGGAAUCGAGAGUGGAGUGGUUGGGGGAAUCCCAAAACUCAAUCAAAACAACAAGACCAAAAAACAUUAUGAUAUCUUCUAA